UACCAUAGCGCACGGUGCGCCGCUGUAAUGACUGAGAUGUGGUGACAGCGGGAGAAGUCAGACCAAGCUCUCUUGUAGCGCUCCUCUCCGAUGCAGCCGGUAUCUGGAGUUUAAGAUUAUAGCUUUGCACAGCUACGGGUUCAUUUGCGGCACAGUGGUGCACCCUCUCUGGACUUUUCAUCCCAUGCCAAUGAGACGCGGCGUGAAUCGCUUCUCUCACUUCAGGAAUAUUGGUUCUGGAUACUCGAAUUACUCUGACUAAACGCUUUGAGGUAAAAAGAGGAUCAGAUGAGCCUGGCGGGUGCGUCAGUGUCGGCGGCUGGCUUUCAAGGCGGGGCACGCCAGAGAGACUUGAUGAUGGAGCACAAAGUCAGUAAGCUGACCUCCGGCUUCCAACGCAGCUCCACCUCCGAUGAUGACUCAGGCUGUGCGCUGGAGGAAUAUGCCUGGGUACCACCUGGACUUAGGCCUGAACAGGUCCAGUUAUAUUUCUCCUGUCUGCCUGAGGAUAAGACCCCCUAUGUGAACAGUCCGGGAGAGAAGUUUAGAAUCAAGCAGCUCCUCUACCAACUUCCACCACACGAUAAUGAGGUGCGUUACUGCCAGUCCCUCAGUGAGGAGGAGAAGAAGGAGCUUCUUAUGUUCAGUGUCCAGAGGAAAAAGGAAGCACUGGGGAGGGGCACAGUGAAACUGCUGCCUCGAAAUCUUCUGAACAGCAUUUGUGAACAUUGCGGUGAAAACAUCAAUGGUGGAGAAAUGGCAGUGUUUUCCUCGAGGGCGGGUCCUGGGCUGUGCUGGCACCCGGCAUGUUUUGCCUGCUCCACAUGCAGCGAACUGCUGGUGGAUUUGAUCUACUUCUACCAUGAUGGAAAGAUCCACUGUGGAAGGCAUCAUGCUGAGCUACUCAAACCGCGCUGCUCAGCCUGUGAAGAGAUUAUCUUCGCUGAUGAGUGCACAGAGGCAGAGGGACGCCAUUGGCACAUGAAGCAUUUCGCCUGCUUUGAAUGUGAGACAAUCCUGGGGGGCCAGCGCUACAUCAUGAAGGACGGCAGACCAUACUGUUGUGGCUGCUUUGAGUCACUUUACGCAGAGUACUGUGAGGCCUGUGGGGAACACAUUGGCGUUGAUCAUGCUCAGAUGACCUAUGAUGGUCUGCACUGGCAUGCCACUGAAAGCUGCUUCAGCUGUGCCCAGUGUAAGAACUCUCUUUUGGGCUGCCCCUUUCUGCCACACCAGGGUCGGAUUUACUGCUCCAAGGCCUGCAGUCUUGGGGAAGACAUGCAUGCCUCUGACUCCUCAGACUCUGCUUUCCAGUCAGCACGUUCACGGGAAUCCCGCCGCAGUGUGCGCAUGGGCAAGAGCAGUCGUUCAGCUGACCAAUGCCGACAGUCCCUCCUUUUCUCACCAUCUGUCAACUAUAAGUUCCCUGGUAUGAGUGAAAACGCGGAAGACACCUUGACCAACAAGCUUGCCCAUGUGAACCUAUCAGAUGAGCAUUUCUGGAGGGGACGUGGUGAGGAGACCGAGGCACCUGAUGACCAGGAGGAGGAGUGGGCAGAGCAUGAAGACUACAUGACUCAGCUGCUAUUAAAGUUUGGGGAACAUGGAGUCUUCCAGCAAGCAAAUGAAUCCAGACCUACAGAUUUCUGGAUCACCCAAAAGGAUGCCAAGUCCAAGCAGGAGUCAUCGAAAUCUGGCCAUGUUGAUGGAGGAGAAAGGGGGAGCCUGGCCAGUAAGAAGUACCAGGCUGAUAUGUACUGGGCCCAGUCACAGGACGGACUAGGGGACUCGGCAUAUGGUAGUCAUCCGGGUCCAGCAAGCAGCAGAAAGAUCCAGGAGUUGGAGCUUGAUCAAGGGGCUGGAGCAGGCUUCCAGGCAGAAGAGCCCCAAUGGUAUAAUGACUCUUUGGAGUGCAUCACAGACGAGUUCAAGAAGACAGAUCAGAGUGUCCGAGACUCUAUGGACUCACUGGCACUCUCAAAUAUAACCGGGGCCUCGGUUGAUGGUGAUAGUAAAGAUAGACCUUCGGUAUAUUCCCUGCAAGGCUUCCAUGACCUGGAGGCAGACGACUGUGAGAAAACAAGUAAUAUGGGAACCCUCAACUCUUCUAUGCUACACAGAAGUGCAAAUUCCUUAAAGAGCCUUGUGUCUGAGCCGGAGGAGGAAAAUGUUCCAGAAGAAGAGGUGAUUCUCCCAGAUAUCAGGCCCAAACCUCAUGUCCCUGCCAUAAGGAGGACUCGUUCACAAUCUAGGCAGCAGCAAGUCAAGUUCUCUGAUGACGUGGUGGACAAUGGCCACUACUGCGAUGUCCCAGUGCGCCAACCACCUAUGAGUGAACGAACUCGCCGGCGAGUGUACCACUUUGAGGAGCAGGGCCAGGAACUUCAGAGCGGUCGCCAACAUCACCAACACCGGAGGCAUCGCAGUCGCAAAUCUCGCUCUGACAAUGCUCUUAAUCUUCUGCCAAAGGAAAAGGCCAAAAUUUACCAGAAAUUCGACCAUAGAGGGAAUGCCCUUGGACCAAAGGCGCACCAAGCCUUCCAAGGCCACCAGAAUCCUGCUGCCAUGUCUGACUAUGGGCUACAGGGUCCAGCCAUGGGGAGGUUCUUGGAGCUGUAUGGAGAGGAUGAUGACUGGUGCUCAACAUGCUCUUCUUCGUCAUCGGAUUCUGAGGAGGAAGGAUUUUUCCUGGGUCAGCCCAUCCCUCAGCCCAGGCCCCAUAGACAUUACUACACUGAGGACUUACCUAGUCCUGUGGCAGGCAUGUCUGCUCCUUCGUAUGGCCUACGGACUAAGUCCAAAAAGAAGAAAGGGCACAAGGGGAAAAACUGUAUAAUAUCAUAGACUUGUUUUACUCUCUUAUCCUUAUCUUUGGGUAAUGCUCUGCUACUCACCUCUGCCUCUCAACAGUCUGCUUGCUACUAAAUGCUUCACAGCACUCAAUCUACCAAUGUGUUUGUGUACGACACAAGUCAUCAUAAGUGUACGCAUGUCAUUGCAAACAUUGCCAGUAAAGUAACAAAGUAUUUUAGAGCAAUUCAUAUUUAUAAACCACCAUCUAAACUGUCUUUAUUUAACAGUGAAGAUAUUAAUGUAUAUAUUGUAGAAUUAAAAGACAUUUUGGCUAUUUUUAUACCCUUGAGUUCAUGACAUGCUCUGUACCAAAAUUGCAUUAACUUUGGCAGUUGGUACAGAGCCAUAUUUGCACAAGGGUGUCAGAAAUUGACCAGUGGACUCUGAUCCAAGCUCUUCAAAUGUGUUUUCUUCCAGGCAUGAGCAGCGCUAACAUAAGAGGAACACUGUGUGUAUUAAAAGGCCUGGUUGAGUGGUGUAUUUAUGGGUCACUGUAUUGUAAGCAAAUUGAUGUAAUCUGUAUAAAUGUACAAACUGGAAUAUAAGGCUAAGAUAGAUGAUCAUUGUAAUAAAAAAUAUCUAUAUAUCA